GAUCUGUGCUUCCUCCAGGUCAGUGGACUCACCGGGAGGAUUAUGUCCAAACCUUCGACCAACGUUAAGGCCCUUCAGGCUAAUUUGAACAUCCCGAUGGGAGCUCUGCGUCCAGGGGCGGGACAUCCUGUCAAGAGGAGAGAGGAGACAGUAGACACAGAAGAGGCUCAGUCACCAGAGCAGCCCUGUGCUGCCGCCCAGACGCCAGAGGAGAAGAAGGCGUUGCCGGGCGCGGUGAAGCUGCCCGGUCCGGCCGUUAACCUCUCAGAGCUGCAGAACGUGAAGAGCGAACUACGAUGGGUCACCAAGGAUUAACACGUAGGGGUCCAUAGUCGAUCCCCAGCCAGGCGGAGAGGAAGCCAGACAAUCUUCACAGACACAGACUUGCCCACUGCCACCGAAGAUUAAAGCAGACUUCAAACUAAUCCCAACAUGUUCGGAAACAGUAACAGCUUUGUGUGAAGCCAACGUCUGCAGAAAAUGUCCAGCGUUUAACCAAAGCCACAAAGAAAGCAGGCAUCCAUUUCUGUCAGUACUCUAAUAGGUUAAAAACACUACAUAUAUUUAUAUUUAUCUUACCAUGAUUGUUUUGCAAAUCCAAACCUAAAUCAUAAUUUAUACAAACAGUUGAGUGUUGUCGACAUAAAGCGAGAAAUUGUGGCUUGUUUUUGCUGCAGAAAAGACUCCACUUUACUUAGAUUUUAGGAGUAAGUGAGUUGUGUUGCAAUAACGGCUUAUUCUUGAGCAUAUUCUUUGCUUUUUUGUAGUUUUUGGGGUAUUUUUAAGUCUGAAGUAGCUGGUUUUGAAGUACAUUUGUUGACAAUGGAUAUGCAUUUAAGGAAUGUGAUUGCCCUUUUUUCCCAUGCUGUCAAAACUCCAACUACUCAGCACUGAUUUAUACUGAUACUUUCUAUUAAAUUAUUAAUUUCUAAAUGUUGUAACAAUUUGCAGUAAUGCGAUGGGAAUCAGGUUCAAUUGUGCUACUUUGUGGUUGGA